CAUAUAUUGAAAUUGUAAAUAAUAAAUGGUGUCAAAGACUGUACAUAUAAAUAAGUGUGACUAAAGCAACUUUAAGAGUUAAAUAGUUUUUGGAGUAUAUCUCCUAUAAAACUAAAGGACGAUACAGAGUGCAAAUAACAAAAUAUAAAAAUAUGGCUAGCAUGCAGCUUCGUGAAUUAGAAGAAUAUCUACAACAAUUGGAUGGAUUUGAUAAGCCAAAAAUAUUACUUGAACAGUACUGUACUAGUGCACAUAUUGCGUCGCAUAUGUUGUAUAGUGCCCAAUCCCAAUUUGAUGACAUAGAACGACGUACAGUAGCCGAUUUAGGUUGUGGGUGUGGUAUCUUGUCACUCGGAGCACAAAUGCUUGGAGCAAAUCAUGUAAUUGGCUUUGAAAUAGACUCUGAUGCACUACAAAUUCAUAGUAAAAAUUGUAGUGAUAUUGAACUAUUUGUGGAGGCUGUACAAUGUGAUGUACUUCAGUAUCUACCAGGGCGAUUUGAAAAAUACUUUGAUACAGUGAUAAUGAAUCCACCUUUUGGAACAAAGCACAACGCAGGUACAGAUACAAAAUUUUUAAAGAUAGCAACUAAACUUGCAUCAAAUACUGUGUAUUCUUUACACAAAACAAGUACGCGUAAUUACAUUCUCCAAAAAGCUGCACAAUUCGGAGCCAAAGGAAAAGUUAUCGCAGAAUUGAGAUAUGAUCUACCAAAAGCAUACAAAUUUCAUAAAAGAGCCUCUGUAGACGUUCGCGUGGAUUUUAUACGAUUUGAAUUAAAUCAUUGA